GAAACUUAUCGAGUGUUUAACAUCCCCAACAGUUGAAGGAAAAAAUUGUUUGUGAUUAUUUCGUGAGAAUUUUUAUUAAUUUGCGAAAACUUGUACUCACGAAAUAAAGUACUAAAAAGGGUCUACGAGCAGUAUAAGUUGAAUUAUCCAGAAACAGAAAUACAAGGUAUGAGCGAUUGGCCAAAGUCACAUAAAAACGCAAACAACGCAAAAAUCGAAAAGAUGACGGAAGAUGCUUCAAAGUUUUUGGGCGGUAUCCUAGGUGAUAUCAGCUCGAGAUCAGCGUAUACUCAAAUAGCUAUUGGUGCUACAUCGGGAUGGUUUACUGGUUUCGCAACAAUGAAAGUAGGCAAAUUUGCUGCUUUUGCUAUUGGCGGUGGUAUAAUUUUAAUGGAAAUUGCUCAUCAAGAAGGUUUUAUUGAGAUUGAUUGGUCGAAAAUCACAGGAAAGCUGGACAAAGUCACGGAUAAAGUAGAAACCGCCGUGACUGGACAAGAAAAAAAUUGGAUUGAAAAGACUGAACGAUUUGUCGAUCGUAAAAUUGACCGUGCUGAAAACUUAUUGAAGUCAAAAACAAAGAAAGCCAAAAAGUGGUAUAGCAAACUUAUUGGUGAUGAAAAUGGACCUAAAGUAAAUGAUCUUCAUAUCUUCUUGACGGCUUUCAUAGGCGGAAUAGCAUUAGGCGUAGCUUCGUCUUAAAACUAAAUCUACAGAUUUCUUGUAUGUACAACAUACAUAUGAUGCAUAUGUAUAUCUCACAGCUUGUUUCUCAUUCAUCGCAUUCUUAUUAACAUUAUUUAAUUUGAGUUUAAUUCUAUAUAUUAAAGAGAUUAUGAUGUAAUAUAUUUCAUAACUGUUCUUGAAUAAAGACGUUGCAUCAAUUUAAUAAAACCGAAA